AUGGUGGUAGAUGAAAUAGAAUUUAUUUGGCAGUUUGCUCGUGCUUAUGGAGACAUGUAUGAGCUCUCUACAAAUAUACAAGAAAAGAAACAUUACGCUAAUAUUGGAAAGACAUUAGGUGAAAAAGCUAUAACUAGAGCACCCAUGAAUGGACACUGUCAUCUGUGGUACGCGAUUUUGUGUGGCUAUGUAUCUGAGUUCGAGGGUUUACAAAACAAAAUCAACUGUGGACAUCGCUUCAAGGAACAUCUAGAUAAAGCAAUCCAAUUAUUACCUGAAGAACCCUUUUUGUAUUACCUCAAGGGAAGAUACUGUUACACUGUCUCCAAACUGAGCUGGAUUGAGAAAAAAAUGGCUGCUACUCUAUUUGGAGAAAUACCGUCCUCAACUGUACAAGAAGCUUUACAAAAUUUCCAAAAGGUCGAAGAUCUGUACCCUGGUUUUUCUAAGUGCAAUUACCUGUUCCUUGCCAAGUGUUCUGUGGAUCUUAAGAAAAGAGAGGAUGCCAUGAAGUUCUGUAACCUGGUGAUGCUGCUUCCCUGUGUCACCAGAGAGGAUAAAGAUGCAGAGGAUGAGGUGAAAAAAAUAAGCACUACCUUGAAGAGGUAAAUUAAAGAACAUACUCGUCAACAAAUCAGAUGUGGCUACUAAAUUUUAAACUCAUUAAAGCUGUGAUUUUUAUUAUCCUUUUCUCGCUAUAUUGGGUAAUGUGCUCAGUUUUGAAGGUAAAACCCCAUUUCUGCAGAGUGCAUUCACUUAGCACACCACAAAACUAAUCAUGCUCUUUGGAGGAGUCUUUUUCCUGUAAUGUCAGUGCAAAAUGUUCUUUAAACGUGUAUGCUUUAUAUUUUUCCUAUUGAUAAACUACCAUACU